AUGAUCAGGACUCGGGGAUACACUGGCAACUUGGCAAUAAUCGUGACCCUCGGCGAUCUCGUUUUCAUCCAAAAGGAGCUCCUCCGUACAAAAAGGGACCGUGUGGGUACGGAUAGUCUUCAUCCGUCUCUUGAACAUGCUCCAAAAUUUCUUCGUUCUUACGCGUAUCAUCGCGAACGUAAAAAUAUGGGUCUUCAAGUGCACUUUGUCGGCUCAUAUUAUCACAAUUGA